UUGUUUCCCGCGAGCAGCUUGUUCUCGCGCUGCAGAGGCUAGUAGCUGGAUGCUAGGUGGUGGUCAGGGGAGGAUUAGGGGGGGACUCUAAGUUUGGAAAUUCAUCAGAAACAGAACCAAAGCAGAAGUUAAACGAGACGACAUGGCGAAGCAAAGCUCACUGUUCAACUUUUUCACCAAAUCUCCACCGCCGGUGUCCAAACCGAAGCCGAGUCCAUCCCCGGCUGAGGCGGACCUGCCGAACUCCGUGAAGAAGUCCAACUCGUCUCCCAAAGAGGAAGCAGGACAGAGGCAGAGCCAGCAGCAACAGCAGCCGAGCAAAAACAGUAAAGUUAAACAGAACAGUGGCUCCAAGACUCCAAGCGGGGGAUUCAGGAAACUGUUCGGAGACAAGGCCGCAGCAACUCAAGACAGCUCCAAAUGCUCAUUUAGUGCUGGAGCCCUUGUGUGGGCCAAACUGGAAGGACACCCCUGGUGGCCAUGCAUGGUAGUACCCCAACCUCUGACUGGCCAGCAGAUGAGGGGCAGAGGUCGAGGUCAGCGCUUACACGUUCAUUUCUUUGAUGAACCUCCAACUAGAGGAUGGGUCAGCACCAAAUACAUUAGAGAGUACCAAGGGUCCGACAGCAGCGAUGUUAAACCCGGGGGGAUGUUCUUCAGUAGCAAACCUGUGAUUCGCCGUGCGAUGGAACUUGCUGAUAAAUGGAUUUUUGACAGUCCUGAAGAAAGAUUAAAGAUGCCAAUCUGCACGGAUCCUUCUGAUGAGGAAGAGGAUGAUGAGGAUGAAGAAGAAAUGGAGCUUGACAAGUCAACGGUGACUGAAGAGGUCAGUGACACAGAUGAAAAGAAAAGCGAGGAAGUGAAGCCGCCCAAAGUCAGUCGACAUUCUUCACGUGCUUCCACAGAGCAAGGAGGCAAAGCCAAGCGCCGCCGCAUCAUCGUGGCCUCGGAUAGCGACGGAUCAGACGAGGAGUUUAAACCAGAGCAUGCUGCAUCUAGCAGCGAGGAAGAAGAGGAAGACGCGACGGUGAAUAGUGAAGAGGAGAAGGAGAGCAGCCAAGAGUCUGAAGCUGACAGUCCGGUCAAGCCUGUGAAGCGCAAACGUCCUGCAGAGAAGUCUGUCAGUGAGAAAGCAAAGACACCAGCUACGCCCUCUGCUGCACCUAAACGAGCUCCAACAACAAUCCCAUCUGACACAAAGUCCCGCCUGUCAGCCUUCUCAGCCCCCGACAACUUCGAGAGCCAGGCAAACGGAUCAGGGGCCACAGGAGGUGCAACAAUCUGGGAUCAUGAGAAGCUGGAGUGGCUGCAGGAUGGUAAGAGGAAAGACAGUAAAAGACGUCGUCAGAGCGAGGACGACUACGAUCCCACCACCCUGUAUGUGCCUGAGGACUUUCUGAACAAAAACACUCCUGGUAUGCGUCACUGGUGGCAGCUAAAGUCAGGGAUGUUUGACACUGUGAUUUUCUACAAGGUGGGAAAGUUUUAUGAGCUGUACCACAUGGAUGCUGUGAUUGGAGUCAACGAGCUAAGACUGACAUUCAUGAAAGGGACCUGGGCGCACUCUGGCUUCCCGGAAAUUGGUUUUGCCCGUUUCUCAGUUGUGUUGGUGCAGAAAGGCUAUAAGGUGGCUCGGGUGGAGCAGACCGAGACCCCAGAGAUGAUGGAAGCACGCUGCAAGACUAUGGCCAAGCCCACAAAAUUUGAUCGUGUCGUCAGAAGAGAAGUGUGCCGGAUUAUCACACGUGGAACCCAAACCUACAGCGUGUUGGACGGUGCUCCUUCAGAGAGCCAGAGCAAGUUCCUCUUGAGUUUGAAAGAAAAGGCCGAAGAUGAGAGCUCUGGUCGGCAUCGCUCCUAUGGCGUUUGCUUUGCAGACACAUCAGUGGGUUAUUUCCAUAUUGGUCAGUUCCCAGACGAUCGUCACUGCUCACGGCUGCGCACCCUGAUUGCACACUUUCCACCUGCUGAGGUGCUCUUUGAAAAGGGUAACCCAUCUGCUGAGACCCGCAAAAUACUCAAGGUGUCUCUGUCUUCUGCUCUGCAGGAAGGACUGAAUGCAGGAACACAGUUUUGGGAUGCUCAGAAGACUCUUAAAACCCUCUCAGAGGAGAAUUAUUUUGAGGAGAUGGCUGGAGAAGACUCGAGCAGUUUUCUCCCCACGCUUCUGAAGAGGAUGACCUCAGAGAGCGAUUCCCUGUGCCUAACUCCUAAGGAAGGUUAUGAGUUGGCACUGUCAGCUUUAGGUGGUUGCAUCUUCUACCUGAAAAAAUGUCUGGUAGACAAAGAGUUGCUCUCCAUGGCGAACUUUGAAGAAUACACCCCUGUUGAUGUUGAGUUGGAGCAAGCUGCUGGACCUGCCAGUUUUUUCUCCCAGACCCGUCAGCGAAUGGUCCUCGAUGGAGUUACACUGGCGAACUUGGAAAUCUUCCAGAACGGUUCAGGAGAAACAGAAGGAACACUGUUGGAGCGUUUGGACACUUGCUCUACUCCGUUUGGUAAAAGGUUGCUGAAGCAGUGGCUCUGUGCUCCGCUGUGUAACCCCACGUCCAUCGGGGACAGACUGGAUGCGGUGGAGGACCUGAUGGGAGCUCAGUCUCAGGCGACUGAGGUCUCAGAAUUGCUGAAAAAGCUUCCAGAUCUGGAGCGACUCCUUAGUAAAAUCCACAGCAUCGGCACUCCAUUGAAGGGCCAGGACCACCCUGAUUCUAGAGCAGUGCUGUAUGAGGAGGUCACUUACAGCAAGCGCAAGAUAGCAGACUUCCUGUCAGCACUGGAAGGUUUCAAAACCAUGCAAGACAUUAUCUCUGCCUUUGCUCAAGUUUCAGGCGAGUUUCGCUCCAUGCUGCUUCGUCAGAUUGUCAGUCUGAAGACCGAAGAGAAAGGCCUCUUCCCUGAUCUCUCAGCAGAACUGAAGCGCUGGGAGACCGCCUUUGACCACCAGAAAGCCCGCACAACUGGUGUCAUAACCCCUAAAGUUGGCUUUGACCCGGAUUACGACCAGGCCCUUGCAGGAAUCAAAAACUGCGAGCGGGAUCUGCAGGACUAUCUGGAGAGGCAGAAGAAGAGACUCGGCUGUAAAAACAUGGCCUACUGGGGAACCGGGCGAAACCGCUUUCAGAUGGAAGUUCCAGACAGCGUUUCAGAGAGGAACGUCCCCGAGGAGUACGAAGUGAAAUCUACCAAGAAAGGCUGGAAGCGCUACGUGACAAAGGAGAGUGAGCGGCUCUUUUCAGAGCUGCAAGUAUUUGAGGAGAAGAGAGAUGCAGCACUAAAAGACUGCAUGAGAAGGCUCUUCUACAACUUUGACAAGAACUACAGAGAUUGGAAGACUGGUGUGGAGUGCAUGGCAGUGCUUGAUGUGCUGCUGGCUUUUUCACGCUACAGUCUGGGUGGAGAUGGCCCGAUGACCAGACCCCAGGUGGUGCUUCCAGAGGACAACCAUGAUGCGCCCUUCAUCAAGCUUACCGGAUCCCGUCACCCCUGUGUGACAAAGACGUUUUUUGGAGAUGACUUCAUUCCUAACGACAUCUUCAUCGGGUGCCCUGGGAGCAGCGAAAGCGAUGAGGUGGAAGGUUGCGCUUCCUGUGUUCUUGUAACGGGGCCAAACAUGGGUGGAAAAUCUACCCUCAUGCGACAGUGUGGACUCGUGAUUAUACUAGCUCAGCUCGGAUGCUAUGUUCCAGCGGAGAGCCUUUGCUUCACUCCAGUCGAUCGGGUCUUCACUCGACUGGGAGCCUCAGAUCGAAUCAUGGCUGGUGAGAGCACCUUCUAUGUGGAGCUAAGCGAGACAGCCAGCAUAUUGCACCAUGCCACUAAGCACUCGCUGGUGCUCCUUGAUGAACUAGGAAGAGGCACCGCUACAUAUGAUGGCACAGCAAUCGCCAGCGCUGUUGUGAAGGAGCUUGCUGAGAAGAUCUGCUGUCGCACACUGUUCUCCACACACUACCACUCGCUGGUGGAGGACUACGCAAACAAUCCCGCUGUGCGCCUGGGCCACAUGGCGUGCAUGGUGGAGAAUGAAUGCGAGGAUCCAAGUCAAGAAACAAUCACAUUCCUCUACAAGUUUAUCACCGGCGCCUGUCCAAAGAGUUAUGGGUUCAACGCUGCUCGGCUCGCAAACCUACCAGAGGAGGUCAUCCAGUCUGGACACAGGAAGGCCAGAGAGUUUGAGAAAAGCACCAUCAGCCUCAGACUAUUCAGAAAGCUCUGCCAGUUUGCUGAAGAUGCUACUCUGGACAGCACACGCUUCACUUCACUCAUUCAACUGCUUAACACCCUGUAGUUUACUUAUAAGCUGUGCUGAUGUUUGUUUGUUCUUUUCAGCACUUGGAAAAAACACUACUGCAAUGAUCUAAUAAAGUUUAUUUUAAAAAAUGA